GCGGGCGCCAGUUGCCGACCGAAGCGGAAGUGACGUUAGGCGUCCGCCGGAGGUGUCGUUGGUGUGUUGCGCGACCGGCCUUGAAGAAGAAGUGGGGCCUGCUCUCGGAGAAAUACAGCUAUGUCGAUCGAAAUCGAAUCUUCGGAUGUGAUCCGCCUUAUCAUGCAGUACUUGAAGGAGAACAGUUUACAUCGGGCGUUAGCCACCUUGCAGGAGGAGACUACUGUGUCUCUGAAUACUGUGGACAGCAUUGAGAGUUUUGUGGCUGACAUUAACAGUGGCCAUUGGGAUACUGUGUUGCAGGCUAUCCAGUCUCUGAAAUUGCCAGACAAAACCCUCAUUGACCUCUAUGAACAGGUUGUUCUGGAAUUGAUAGAGCUCCGUGAAUUGGGUGCUGCCAGGUCACUUUUGAGACAGACGGAUCCCAUGAUCAUGUUAAAACAAACACAGCCAGAGCGAUAUAUUCAUCUAGAGAACCUUUUGGCCAGGUCUUACUUUGAUCCUCGUGAGGCAUACCCAGAUGGAAGUAGCAAAGAAAAGAGAAGAGCAGCAAUUGCCCAGGCCUUAGCUGGUGAAGUCAGUGUGGUGCCUCCAUCUCGUCUCAUGGCAUUGCUGGGACAGGCACUGAAGUGGCAGCAGCAUCAAGGAUUGCUUCCUCCUGGUAUGACCAUAGAUUUGUUUCGAGGCAAAGCAGCUGUCAAAGAUGUGGAAGAAGAAAAAUUUCCUACACAACUGAGUAGGCAUAUUAAGUUUGGUCAGAAGUCACAUGUGGAGUGUGCUCGAUUUUCUCCAGAUGGUCAGUAUUUGGUCACUGGGUCUGUUGAUGGAUUCAUUGAAGUAUGGAACUUUACUACUGGAAAAAUCAGAAAGGAUCUUAAGUACCAAGCCCAGGAUAACUUUAUGAUGAUGGAUGAUGCUGUCCUAUGCAUGUGUUUCAGCAGAGAUACAGAAAUGUUAGCAACUGGGGCCCAAGAUGGAAAAAUCAAGGUAUGGAAGAUUCAGAGUGGACAGUGUUUAAGGAGAUUUGAGAGGGCACACAGUAAGGGUGUCACCUGUCUAAGCUUCUCUAAGGAUAGCAGUCAGAUCCUUAGUGCUUCUUUUGACCAGACAAUUAGAAUUCAUGGUUUAAAAUCUGGGAAAACACUGAAGGAAUUUCGUGGCCAUUCCUCCUUUGUUAACGAAGCAACAUUUACACAAGAUGGACAUUACAUUAUUAGUGCAUCCUCUGAUGGCACAGUAAAGAUCUGGAAUAUGAAGACCACAGAAUGUUCAAAUACCUUUAAAUCCCUGGGCAGCACCGCGGGGACAGAUAUUACCGUCAACAGUGUGAUUCUACUUCCUAAAAACCCUGAGCACUUUGUGGUGUGCAACAGAUCAAACACAGUGGUCAUCAUGAACAUGCAGGGGCAGAUUGUCAGAAGCUUCAGUUCUGGUAAAAGAGAAGGUGGGGACUUUGUUUGCUGUGCCCUCUCUCCCCGUGGUGAAUGGAUCUACUGUGUAGGGGAGGACUUUGUGCUCUACUGUUUCAGUACGGUCACUGGCAAACUGGAGAGAACUUUGACAGUGCACGAGAAGGAUGUGAUUGGUAUUGCACAUCACCCUCAUCAGAACCUGAUUGCUACCUACAGUGAAGAUGGACUCCUAAAGCUCUGGAAACCAUAAUUCAACUUUCCUUUUUAAAUCAGUGAAAGCACAUACUUAAACGAAGGCAUAUUCAUGUAAUGUGCUUUUUUUUCUUUCUUUUUUUUUUUUUUGGCCCACUUUUCUAAGCAAAUAGAUUGUCUGAAUUAGUCACAAGAAUAAUUUUGUGAAAAUUCAUGUUUAAGUAGCAAGUACCCCUUCAUUUUUUUAUAUAUUUUUAAGGUAUUAGUUUAUCUUCUAACUGGUGCAGUCACUUAAUGUUUUCAUUAAUCUUAUACCUGGAGAGUGAAAUACUGAUAUUUCUAGAAAAAAAUUCUCCUUUGAUUAUUUGAAAUGCUGAUUAAAAUGUCCCUCCUAUAGUAAAACUUGUAAAUAAGGAACUAUAUCAUAUUCAGUAGCUGUAUUCUGUUCCAUCUUUUUUUUUUUUUUUUUUUUUUUUGAGAUGGAGUUUUGCUUGUUGCCCAGGCUGGAGUGCGCGGCACGAUCUUGGUUCACUGCAACCUCCGCCUCCCAGGUUCAAGCAAUUCUCCUGCCUCAGCCUCCUGAGUAGCUGGGACUAUAGGUGUGUGAUACCAUGCCUGGCUAAUUUUUUUGUAUUUUUAGUGAGAUGGGGUUUCACCGUGUUGGCCAGGCUGGUCUCAAACUCCUGACCUCAAGUGAUCCACCCGCCUUGGCCUCCCAAAGUGCUGAGAUCACAGGCGUGACCCACCAUGCCCGGCCCAUCUUUUUUUUUGAAGAUGUUAAUAAACUUUAUACCUUUCUGGAGACUUUGUUCUAAAAUGUAAAUAAAUGCUCAUCUAGUUAACAUAUUUACUCAGAAUUUGGGAGGAGGAGUGACAUUAUUAUCCCCGAAUCUCAAGUAUAGCAGAAGUGAAUUCCUGGGAUAGUAGGAUAACAUGUAAAAAGGCCAGGUGAUGCAUAGGUUCUCAUUUCACUGCCCUCAGCUUUCCUCUCCUUCUGAGCUGUGCCUUCUCACAUGUUCAGUCAACUCCAGGGAAUAUUGUCUCCAUCUUCUGAAUAGAACUAGUUGCAGGAUCCGUUACAAGAAUUCAGAGUUUUGUCAUCUCCCCUUUGUACAUUGUAGGGGAUGGUUUGGCAUUGGAAAUGUGCUGUUGUUUCAAAGAAAAAUUAGCAAAAGGACUUGAGAUUUAGAAAAGUCUCCUUUGUAAUGUGCAUCAUUACCAGUUAGCUAAAGAGAAACAUGUAAAAGUCAACAAAAUCCUUGAAAAUAUUUUGCAUAUGGAUGUCUGUUUCAUGUUUCAACUGAAGAUGUAUAGAGCACCUCUGAUGAUGAGGAAGAUACUGUGCUAGGCACUACUUUCAAGAAUGUGAGUUCUUGUUUCCACAGGCCUUUUGUGCCCCCUUUUAAAUGUUAGCAUUUAUUAGGUACAAACUAGUGGGGAAGGUUUUUUUAAAAAAGUUUUGCAAUCUUGUAAUUUACUUUUUAAAAAAAUUUAUUUUAUUUUUUUGAGAUGGAGUCUUGCUCUGUUGCCCAGGUUGGAGUGCAAUGGUGCCCUCUCAGCUCACUGCAACCUCCACUUCCCAGGUUCAAGCGAUUCUUGAUACUUCCCAAGUAGCUGGGAAUACAGGCCACAUGCCACCAUGCCUGGCUAAUUUUUAUAUUUUUAGUGGGGGAGGGGGGGUUUCACCAUAUUGGUCAGGCUAGUCUUGAACUCCUGACCUCAGGUGAUCCGCCUGCCUCGGCCUCCCAAAGUGCUGGGAUUACAGGCAUGAACCACCGCGCCCAGCCUUGUAACUUACCUUUGAUUGUGACUUGAAAUGCAGUAUGAUCCUAUGUGGGGAACGUAGUAAUGUUCAGUGUUUGCUGAAUUAAUUCUGAGCAGCACUAAGAAAUCCCUCUUUCCCAGUCAUAUUCUGUAACACAUUUCCCAUUUGCCACAAAACCUGCAGCUUUUUGGCCCAGGUAAUGUCAUUUGCUGCCAUUUUGAUGAUUUUAAAAUGGUCGUGGGAGUUGAACAUAGUCAUGAAUUCAGGAUUCCUGAGAAUGUAGACAGCCAUCCCAGUGGAAAGACACGUUCACUUAAGAGAAGUUUAAGUUAGAGGAAACAGUUUAUGCUAAAAAAUUUUUUUAAAAGUCUUGGAGAAGAAUUUUUGAUUUAGUUUUGACCUCAUGAAGCUGGCAGUUAUGAUAUGCAUAGUUUGUACCACUGUUUAUGAAGAUAGAGAAUCUAGUCAGCACGUGUUGGUUUAUUCUAGGAAUUUUUAUGGAACACUUCUGUUGCUGGCACCAAGUGCUGAAUAUGGUUUAAAAAAAGACUCGCCUAAACAUAGGGAAGAAGAGCAUAUUAAAAGGAGUAACUAAAACUGAUAAAAGCUCAAGUCACCUUUCUGAUGAUGAGAGGCGGGGCACUUAACGCGAAAGGGUUGGGAAAGGCUUCCUGGAGGGACUGGGAGGCGAUCUAAGCACAGGGAACCUUCCUGGGGACUGCAGUGUGGCAUAGCGGCAAGGUAUGUGCUGGGCAAAUGAUAGGUGUUUUGGGAGACCAGGCAAACAGAGCUGAAUUAGGAGCCAUUAAGUAUAUAUUUUUCUUCUUUUUAAAUAAAAUAAUGCACUGGGUGAACAUGUAAA